CAAACAGGGUUUGAGGUGCAAAAUAUCUCUAGUUUCUUUCAUCUCCUUCCCGAAUCCUUAGGUAAUCUUUCUAUUGAGUAUGUUCAUGGAAUCAUAAGCAUAGAUUCGUAUAUAUGUCUAUCAUACUCUAUCCUUCGACUGUUGUUGUUAUUAGUAAUUCUACUCGAUUAGUAGAUAACAACAAACAUGCCUUAACAUAUAACUGUUCGAUAGGUCUAAUAAGGAUUUCCGGUAAACCAAAGAAUUUUCCAUGUGGAUCUCUAAUCAACUACUGGAAGAAAUACAGGAGAAAGCAAUCGAUUCUUUCUACGAAUGCAGUACCUCGAAACUCUACGAUGUCUUCUGACGAGGCAAUCGAGGCUUUGAGAUCGAUUACUGAACCUGAAGAGGCAUUUACAGUAUUCAAAUCGAUUGCUGAACUUCCGAAUGUUGUUCAUACUACAGAUACUUGUAAUUACAUGCUUGAGCUUUUUAGGGUUCAUCAGAUGAUAGAUAAUAUGGCUACUGUUUUUGAUUUGAUGCAAAAGCAAAUUAUCUACAGGAAUUUGAAUACUUAUUUGAUUAUCUUUAAAGCUCUUAAUGUUAGAGGAGGGAUUCGUCAUGCUCCACUUGCUCUUCAACGUAUGAGAAACGAGAGAUUUGUUAUGAAUGGAUAUUCGUAUAAUGGUUUGAUUCAUUUGCUUCUACAAUCUGGAUUCUCUAAAGAGGCUCUUGAAGUUUACAGAUUAGCUAUCUCGGAAGGGAUUAAACCUAGUUUAAAGACUUAUUCUGCACUUAUGGUGGCAUGUGGGAAACGAAAUGAUAUCGAAACUGUCAUGUAUUUGUUGCGAGAAAUGGAAACAUUAGGGUUGAAGCCUAAUGUGUAUACUUUUACUAUAUGCAUUAGAGUGCUUGGAAGAGCAGGGAAAAUCGACGAUGCUUAUGGAAUUUUGAAUAGAAUGGACGAAGAGGGUUGUGGACCUGAUACUGUUACGUAUACGGUUCUCAUUGACGCACUCUGUAAUGCGAAGAAACUCGAUCGGGCUAAAGAGGUGUUCUUGAAGAUGAAGUCUAGUUGUCAGAAGCCUGACAGGGUUACUUACAUUACUUUGUUGGAUAAGUUUAGUGAAUGUGGCGAUUUGAAUACGAUGAGGGAAUUUUGGACACAAAUGGAAUUGGAUGGUUAUCCUGGCGAUGUUGUUACCUACACUAUAUUCGUCGAUGCUUUGUGUAAAGCGGGUAAAAUCAACGAGGCCUUUGAGAAAUUGGAAAAUAUGAGAAAUAUGGGAGUUGUACCGAAUCUUCAUACUUAUAAUGCUUUAAUUGGAGGAUAUCUCAGAUUGAACAGAUUUGAAGAAGCGGAUAAACUUUUCAACUCCCUUGGAUCUUUCGGUAUUGAACCUACUGCUUAUACUUAUAUCCUUUUCGUUGAUUACUAUGGGAAAUCGGGUGAACCCGAGAAAGCCAUCUUAACUUUCGAGAAGAUGAAAGCUCGCGGAAUUGUUCCUGAUAUUGUUUCUUUCAAUGCUUCUUUAUACAGCCUUGCUGAACUUGGUAAGCUUAGGGAGGCUAUGGAAAUGUUUGUUGGAAUAAAAAAGAGCGGACUUUCUCCAGACUCGAUUACUUACAACAUGAUGAUGAAAUGCUACAAUAAGGCAGGGAAAAUCGACGAAUCCAUUCUAUUGCUAACCGAAAUGAAGAACAACGGUUGCAAUCCCGACGUUGUGAAUUUAAAUUAUCUGAUCGAUACUCUUUACAAGGCUGGCCGAGUAGAUGAAGCGUGGGAGAUGUUCUACAGAAUGAAGAAUAUGAAACAAUCUCCAACAAUAGUCACUUUCAACACUUUGUUAUCUGGAUUAGGACGAGAAGGGAAGGUAAAAGAGGCGAUUGAACUUUUCGAGAGUAUAUCGGUUCACAGCUUGCGUCCAAACCCGAUUACUUUCAACACUCUCCUCGAUUGCCUUUCGAAAAAUGAGAAAAUCGAUUUGGCGACGAAGUAUCUGUUCGAGAUGAGUGAUGCGAAUUGUUCCCCAGAUGUAUUUACUUACAAUACUUUGAUUUACGGUUUGAUUAAAGAGAAUCGAGUUAAAGAUGCUUUCUUGUUCUUCAAUCAGAUGAAGAAGACACUCCAUCCUGAUUCGAUAACUAUUUUCACGAUUGUCCCCGGUUUUGUGAAGGAGGGUCGGAUUCACGAUGCUUUUAAGAUAAUCGAAGGUUUCGUAUAUCAGGUCAAGUUUAAGGUAAACGGUUCUUUCUGGACUGAUUUAGUCGAGGGCAUUUUAAACGAGGCUGUUGUAGAACAGACAGUUGGUUUAGUUGAAAGACUGGUAUCGGAACGGAUUUGCACUAGCGAUAAGUUAGUUAUCCCGGUUCUUAAAGUUCUACGUAAGCAAAAGAAAAUAACUGACGCCCGUUGUCUUUUUAAUAAGUUUCGAUUGGAUUACGAUGUCCAACCGACGUUACAGUCAUAUCAUGUUCUGAUUGUUGGUUUUCUCGAAUCUAAUCUUUUCGAAACGGCUUGGGACCUAUUUGAGGAGAUGAAAACGGUCGGUUGUGCUCCUGAUGUUUUGACCUACAAUUAUUUGCUCGAUGUUAUGGGUAAGUCCGAUCGAUCGGAUAAAAUUCUCGAGCUUUAUCAAGAGAUGAUUAACAGCGGGUGUAAGCCGAAUACGAUAACUCAGAAUAUAGUAAUAUCGGGUCUGGUGAAAUCUUAUAGAUUGGAUACUGCUAUUGAUUUCUAUUACGAUCUCAUUAGCAGCGGUGAAUUUAGUCCCACUCCUUGUACAUACGGUCCCCUAAUAGAUGGUCUAUCGAAAAAGGGUAACAUGGAUGAAGCUUUGAAAUUCUCGGAAGAAAUGAGGCAUUUCGGAUGCAAACCGAAUUCAGCGAUCUACAAUAUACUCAUAAAUGGUUUGGGAAAAACAGGUAAUGUUGAAGCGGCCCUUGAUUUAUUCAAUAAGAUGGUUAGAGAAGGAAUAAGGCCAGAUUUGAAAUCAUACAGCGUUCUUGUUGAUUGCCUCUGCUCGGAUGGGAGAAUCGACGAGGCUUUUCAAUAUUUCGAGAAGUUGAAAACUACGGGUUUGGAUCCUGAUUUGGUUUCUUACAACCUUAUGAUUAAUGGACUUGGAAAAGCAAGAAGGAUUGAAGAAGCUUUGUCUCUUUUGAAUGAGUUGAAGAAGAAAGGGCUUUCUCCUGAUCUUUACACUUAUAACUCUUUAAUACUGAAUCUUGGUGUAAAUGGAAGGAUAGAAGAAGCUGGUAAGAUGUAUGAAGAGUUGGUUAAUAAGGGUUUUGAACCAAAUGUUUUCACAUAUAAUGCUCUUAUUCGAGGUUAUAGCAUGUCUGGAAAACCCGAACAAGCGUUUGUUGUUUAUGAAAUGAUGAUGGCCGGUGGAUGCAGCCCCAAUACAGGAACCUUCGCACAGCUUCCUAACUAAGAUCGAAAGAAUCGAAAACGAAAACCCAUUUUCAGUUCCUAAGAUAGAGCUUCAUCUAAGAAGAUUAGAUCUCAUGUUAUAUUUUGUUCCUUAUGUAUCAAUUUAAAGAUUGUAUUUUGUAUCAAGAAUUUUGAAGACAUACAAUUCCUUAAAUUACAAAUUUUGUUUUC